AUGGCGAGCUUUUUUAAUAUUGCAGAUAGGGUCCCACACCCUGGCCAAAACAAAAAGCACUGCCUCCGCCAUGUCUAUAAUAACGCGCCCGUUACCCACAGGGGCCCCGCCACACUCAGGCCGUCCCGCCAUACAGCAAGGGACCCCACACACACGGCUCGUAGCCUACCUCUUAUAGUGCUAUAUAGGGGUAUUAAGUGCCUAGAAGGUAUUAAUUACUAUAAGCUAUUUAGAGUACUCCUAAAGGUAGCUACUAAACUAUCUAUACUAGGAGAAGAUAGGCUUUUUAUUCUAGAAGGUUAUAAGGCUAUAAAGGUAUAA